UUGAUCGGAAUGGGAAAGCACGAUGUGUAAUUUCUAUAGCCUGGCAAAAAAAGUGUAUAAUGAUUCUGCAAUUAGAGAGCAUUUUGAUACCUUUGCAUGGGUUCAAGUUUCUCAGAGCUGCCGAGGUAUCGAGCUAGCAAAAGACAUCAUGAAAAAAGUAAUGAGAAACAAAAAGAAGGAAGAAACAACUACAGGAGGUACAGUAGAAGGCUUAGAGCGGAUGGGUGAGGAAGACGUGAGACAGGGGCUCCAUGAUUUACUAAGAGACAAAAAGUAUCUGGUCGUGAUGGAUGAUGUCUGGACUUUUGAUAUUUGGAGAGAAAUGCAGCGAGUCCUUCCUGAUGAGAACAAAGGUAGCAGAAUACUGCUUACCACACGUAACAUUGAGGUUGCAAGAGAUGCCGCGCCAUGGAUUCGUCCACAUGAACUGCACCUUUUAGACGACAAGGAGAGCUGGAAACUCUUUCGUAGGAAGGCAUUUCCACCAAAUCAGGAUGUCCCAACUGAGGUGGGGGCAUUGGCCCGGAAGCUUGCAAACAAGUGUGGUGGACUUCCUCUUGCACUGGUGAUGUUAGGGGGCCUUCUGUCAAGGAAAGAUCAAAGCUACGAUACGUGGUUGGAAGUAGCUCAGAGCAUGAACUGGGUAUCUACCGGAGAUGGGAAGGAAUGCCUCAAAAUAUUGGGUUUAAGUUACAAUGAGUUGUCAUAUCCCUUAAAAACAUGUUUUCUAUACAUCGCUGCGUUUCCAGAGGACUCCAUUAUCUCUGUUUCCAAAUUAGUUAGGUUGUGGGUCGCCGAAGGUUUCAUACUGCAAGAAAAGCGACAGACAAUGGAAGACACCGCAAGGGAUUGGUUGGAUGAGCUGGUGCAGAGGUGCAUGAUCCAGGUUGUCCAGAGAAGCAGGGCUCGUGGGCGGGUUAAGAGCAUACGCAUCCAUGAUCUGUUACGCGACUUCGGCGUUGAAGAAGCCAAAAAGGAUGAAUUUCUUCAUGUUUGCAGUAGUGGCGACAUGGCCGAAUCUUCUCGUAUAUCGAGUCAUCGUGCAGCUUUCCACAAUCGUAUGCAAGACAAGGCUACUCUCUCCUCACCGCAUCUCCGCACUUUGCUGGGCUUCAGUUUAAUUUUGACUAAUGGGGGAAGAUUUUUGAAUGGGUUAAACUUAUUAAGGGUGCUAGAUCUGGAGGGUGCAGAAGAUUUGAAGGAGUUACCGAAGCAGAUCGGCAGCAUGAUUCAUCUACGAUACCUGGGAUUGAGAAAAACUGGUUUGAAGAGACUGCCAUCCUCAAUCCGGCGUCUCCUGAAUCUGCAGACUCUGGAUGCCAGAGACACAUGCAUUUAUUGGCUUCCAAAAUCAUUUUGGAGAAUCCAGACACUGAGGCACGUCUAUAUUAAUAUGCUUGCUUUUAUAAGCGCCCCAAUAAGUGCCGAUCACAACAACUUGCAAACUCUGGAAAUCGAGGACUUUGAAUUUGAUUGGGAUGUUAGGGAGAUCCUCCGUUCACGUUCACUAAACAUAAGAUUCAGAAAAAAUUGGGUUACUACACCGAGCUUGACUAUGAACGAGAUUAAGGAAGCAUGUGAGAGAAUGUUUCCAGAAUCACUCGAAAAAGUACUUGAGAAAAUGGACAGCCUCGUCUCCUUGAGUCUAGAUUUUUCUCUUAUCCCUGGGGACGUUCUUUUCGCUUGGGCACCAAAACUACACCAGCUCCGUUCACUGACACUAUAUGGACGGUUGUUACUCAAACAGCAGCAGCAGCUCCCAGAUAGCAGUCAAUUCCCGCCAAACCUCACCAAGCUCGUAUUAUGGAAUUCUGAAUUGGAGCAAGACCCAAUGUCGGUGCUGGAGAAUUUGCCAAAACUCAGGCUUCUUGAACUGAAAGGCAAUUCAUAUUUGGGGAAGAGCAUGUCGUGUUCUUCUGCUGACGGCUUUCCUCGACUGCAACACUUGGAAUUAUACAGUGUCCACAAUUUAAAGGAAUGGAGGGUGAAGGCUGGGGCGAUGCCCAGCCUCACCCACCUAACGAUUGUGAACUGCAGGGAGUUGAAGAUGCUUCCCAAGGGAUUGCAGCAUAGCACCACACUUCGAGAACUGGAGCUGUCUCAAAUGCCCCAUGAGUUCUAUGACAAGGUCAAAAAUGAGGUUCGGUACGAGGUCCGAUACCAUGAGUACCCCUACCCCUACAGUUUGUUUUCAGAUGAGAAUCCUAAUGCCUGUUGCAUAGUUUAAUUAGCGUUAGCUGAAGUGAUGAUCCAGUCAAUAAGGUUCUCUAGCUUUCUUUAAUAUAUACAAGGCAACAUUUCUAGCUAUUUCUUAUGAAACCAUGGAACUCUUGAUUGUAUUAGUUCCUAUUUUUCAUUUCCACAUCAUAUGUUUCUUUAGAUUUGAUGGAAUUGUUAAUUUUCUGUAAUGUAUUUACUAAUGCUUUUGACACAUGAACUUCUAUUUCAACUUGCAAAUAUUUGGCGAUCUAUGUUAUAUUC